AUGAUUAACUUCUUACAAGUAAAUUUGAAUGGGUGCUGGGCUGCUCAACAGCUACUGGAUCAGACGGCCGCCCAAAAAAACAUCGACGUCCUCAUACUGAGCGAACCAUAUGCAAAGGGACAAGUUGGGGGCAGGAUGUGCCAUAGCCUUGACCAAAAAGCCUCCGUAGGCACCACCCCUGGAACUGGAUUUGUCCAAGACGACUCUGGGUCUGGGAAUGGCUUCGUGUGGAUCAAACUGAACGACCUCAUCGUUUUCAGUUGCUACUGGAGCCCGAACACCACCCUGGCUGAAUAUGAAACUUUCCUGAGGGACCUAGACCAGGCCAUUCGCGCCAGGGGAGACACCAGACUAAUUGUCGCAGGCGACUUCAACGCUUGGAACGAAGAAUGGGGCUCCCGGUCGGACAACCCGAGAGGCGAACUCCUCUCAGACCUGGCGGCGAGCCUUGACCUCAUCCUUGACAACGUUGGAGACACCCCUACCUUCGUUCGGGGGGACGCCACCUCCAUCAUCGACGUCACCUUCUCAAGAGGAGUUGGGGUUCGCGGGUGGUCGGUCCUCGAUGAGCUUAACCUAAGUGAUCAUGCUUAUGUGGCUUUCUCGGUUGACCCUCUCCCGCGAUGGCCUCAAGCUGAUGCACCACCCGGCUUCCAUCAUGGUUGGGCUCUCAAGAAGUUCGACCGCGAAUCUUUCUACCGCCACGUCACCUCGAGGCCCCUCACCCUGAGCCGGGUUGGGGUGGGUGAGGGAAGAAGUCCUGCGGUCAAAGCAGCUGAGUCACUUGACAACUACAUCUUCGAAGCCUGCGACGCUUCAAUGCCCUUGAGAUCCCCACGGCCUGGGGGGAGGAGGCCAAUGUACUGGUGGACCGAUCACAUCGCCGAUCUCAGAUCAAAGGCCCUCUCCCUACGCAGGACCUAUCAGUCUCGCCUCAGAAGAUACGGACCAGACGGGGCAGCCGAGGCGAAGGUCAAUUUUUCAGCAGCUAGGAGAGAUCUAAGAAGAGAGAUCCGAAAAUCAAAGGAACAAGGGUGGAGGGACCUUUGUGCACAAAUCGACAUCGAUCCUUGGGGUCAGCCCUACAAGCUAGUCAUGAAAAAGUUUGGUGACGGCUCCUCUAGACUCGCUUCUAAAGGGCGCGAGAUGGCAAUCGCAGACCAUCUCUUUCCUGCCGCUCCAGUCACCGACUGGGACCUCAUGCCAGAGCCAGCGAUCAGGAACAUCUUAGACAACUUCGACCCCGAUGCUGAUGAGUUGAUAUUUAACAGGGUCAUUCCAGAGUUCACUAUAGAGUAUAGAUGA